AUGGCUGUGGACAGUUUAGAUGCCCCCCUGUUCUCUAGAGAUUCAAAGCGAUACUUUGCCUACCUGAUCCCAUACCCGAGUCCGAAGAAUGACGAUAUAGCUUGCCCAAAACCACCGGAAAGAUUUCUAAUUUAUACACCUAUGCCAUCGUUUUUACAGAAGCCAGCGGAUAGAGCUAAGGAAUCUGCGGAACGUCAAAGAGAAGACCUGUCUGUGUCGGCGGAACACUCUGCUGCGCAGUCAAUGGAGGAACUUAUCAUCGUUUACCCGGAUUCGUGCCAGUCGUCCAAGGAGGACAUCCGCAAGACCUUCGUUGGCGCUAUGAUGAAAGCACGCUCGCGUGCUCAGCGUGACGCCGCAAUUGCCACAUCUCUGCUUCCAUUUGCUGCUGCUGCGGAUUUUGGGGCAGGGACUAUGGGCGCUAUGUUGGCACUUGACUCUGUUUGGGCUUAUAAGUCUAUUCGCAGUGCCAGGACGGCAAAAGCGUUAACAAACCGCUUUAGCGCGGAUGAUAGUACUAAACAGCAUCUCAAGAUCACUAUAAAGGCUUCUCCGGCACUGGAACCUGCACGCAAGUACAUGGAGGAGCGAUGCUUCCGCAUAGACCGUACCAACUACCCCUAUCCAGGCAUAGUGAUACCGAGCGAAGCGGAAGUUCUGAGCGCAAUACAUUGGAAACCAUCUGUGGUCUUGGAUGGAAGUGUCAGUCCGCAAGACGUGGAAUGGGAGAUCAAGGAAGCGCAUCUAGACUUAGAAGAGACUAUGAAGAAAGGCGCGAAGGAGUGGACCAGCUGGUGCAAAAAAUUCCUACAGGAUCCGGAGAAGGCCUUCAGGCUGGAUGCGAAAGAGAAGCAGAGCUUGAGUUUGGCCAAGUAA